UCCGGACGCGUGACUGUGACUUGGGCCAAUGACGCAUCAGACGCGGAAGGGCAGAGCAGCAGCAGCCAUCACCGCGACUCCUCGUUUCGUCAUUCAUUUAUUCCUUCCAGAACCGACUGGAACGCCCGCCACUAGUCCUCAAUUUCCACCCAGUCAUCUGGGUCUAAAGAAACAAGAUGUCAGACGACAGAAGCAUGAGUGUCAAGGCCUACCUGGAUGUAGGAGGGGGCCGGCAAGAGGUCCGUCGCUUUGGCCUGGCAGAGGGCAUUGCCACGAACUUUUCUUGCCUGAAGGAGAAAGUGUGUUCAGUUUUUGGGCUCGGACAGCAGGACAUCACUCUCUCAUGGAAAGAUUCUGAGGGAGAUUUGAUUGUGAUCUCGUCUGACGAGGAGCUGGUGGAGGCCAUUGCAGAUUCCCUCAGCAAACAGAAGCUGCAACUCUUCAAGGUGUCCGUAACAGUGGGGACACGGCCAGACCUCGGGCUCAACAAUUCCCUCCCAGGAAGCCAACAGGGAGCAGUGCACGAAGGAGUUGUUUGUGAUGGUUGUGAGGGAUCUGUCCGUGGUUUCCGCUAUCGUUGUGUCAGCUGUAGGGACUUUGACCUCUGCGCUGCCUGUGAGUUCAAGGGCAAGCACUCUGAACACCGUAUGAUGCGCAUGCCAAAGCCCGAAUCAAAGGGCGCACCAAAGUUCUGGUGGAAGGAGCACCAUGGUCCUCCUGGCCACUUCUCCACCCACUUCGGCAUGCACACUGAAGCUGACAAUGGGCCAGGCUUCACCUCCACAUCUGCUUCAUCAGGAGGUCCAGGGAUGGCCGGAGCCUCUGCUAGCUUCAGCGGAGGAUGGGGAGGUGCAGGAGGCCAUGGUGGCCAUGGUGGCCACGGCGGCCACGGCGGGCAUGGCAGCCGCAGGUUCAGAAGGGGCUGUGGCGGGCGAGGACGGGGCUUCUGGAGCUGGUGGGGGGGCAAGGAUGGCAAUCACUGGGGCUGCAGCCAAAGUCAGAGCCAGACCAACUGUGGACAGCAGCAGAGCCAGCAGCAAGGAGAGAGUCAGAGCCACAGUCAACAGCAAAGUCAGAGUCAACAGCAAAAGUCACAGGAGCAGAAUGGGGACAGCAACAACAAAGAGAAGGAGUGUCCCUGGACAAGCACAGCCCCUGGCCCAUGCCCCUUCAUGGACAUAGAGCAUGAUGGCCCAAACCCACAACAGGUUGCUGAGGAGGCACAACAGAUGGCUGAGGAGGUUGCCCAGCAAGCACACCGCUUUGCUUCUCAGAUGGCCUCUGAACACGUCGCCAAUGUGAUGCGUGGCAUUUGGACAGCUUGGACUGGGGGCCAGAACAACCCGAUUAACGGCCCACAGACACACACUUUCUCCUCCUCAUCGUCCUCUUCCUCCUCUUCAUCAUCUUCUGCCAGUGCAAGUGGAGACAAGGAGAAAAAAGCUGAGGAUAAGAAUGACACCCAGGGAAGCAAGGCGCCAGGGGAAGAUUAUCUGAAGAGUGUGGGAGAGACAGUUGCCACCAUCUUGGAUCCCCUUGGUAUUGAUGUUGAAGUGUCUGUGGAGCACAAUGGCAUCCGGCAGAGGUGCAGCCUUGGCAGUGAGGACAUCCCAUCCCGCCAGGGAUCGGCUGCAUCUACCCCUGAAGUUCCAUCAAAGGGUCCCUGCUCAGAGGCUGGGUCUGUGGGCUCAGGAAAGAGCAUUAAUAUUGAGGUGCAGACUGAUGACCAGCCCACCAGCCAGACAAGCAAGAGCACCUCAGCAGGAGCUGAGGAGAUGGAAGUAAGCAGUCCUGCUGGAGAACAGAUGGAGGCUGAGCACAAUGCUUCUGAUACAGAAGACUGGACUCUGGUUAAUCAGGAGGCUACACAACCCUCCACACCAAGUGAUAGGAGAGUUGAAUAUCCAAACCUCACUGAACUUACCCCACAUCCUAAUCCUACAAUUCAGCGUGCUCUUGAACAGAUGCAGUCAAUGGGAUAUAAUAACGAGGGAGGCUGGUUGACCAAUCUCUUGGAGAUUAAGGAAGGAGACAUUAAUCAGGUGCUUGACAUUCUCCAGCCAGCCAACAAAUAAAAACAAAAUAAUCAUGAGAGGUGUUGAUUGGAGAUAUUGCAUUCUUAGAUUAGUUCCAUGGUUUAGGUUUAUAUAUGGUUUGCAUCACAUUAAGAAGAAAAAAAAGAGUUGAUUUGAAAAGUUUGUACAAGUUAGGGAUAAGAUUUGGAACAGAAUAUCUGUCU